CGUUUUUAGUGUGACAACACUGCUAAUACGUGGCCCCGACGUUUUAAGUGAUUUGUGUGUCUUGUUUACGUUUUUUAUUGUGUAAUUUCGUUUUUAUAUCUCUCAGAAGCCGUGAUACGGCUUACCAUAAGAUGAUGAAUCCACAAUAUCCACCUCCGGGGCAAAAUAAUAAUGCUCCCAACAACCCGAUAUAUCCACCUAGCUCCCAAGAGUACAAUGGAGUACAGAAUGCUAACAUCUAUAGUCAGAUGCCGGCUGGGCCACAAAAGCAAUUUGAUCAGGACAUGGCACAGAAAAUGCAGAACAUGAACAUAAAUGGCUCACAAGGAUUCAAUAUCCCUCCUACACAGCUACCUCCUGGUCAAGCACCACCAAAUUUUGGACCAGGGCAAGGUCAACGGCCAGCUCCAAUGCCGAUUAGACCACCUGCGGGAGGACAAUUCCCUCCAAUGACAGGACAGAGACCUCCUUCUGCAACAGGACAGGCACUAACAGCCCAAGAAGGAUUUGAAACUCAGCGACCUCCAAGUCAGCCCAUGCCACCUAUGAGUCAACCACUGGGUAUAUCUGGUCAAAUGCCACCUCAUUCUAAGGGUGGUUUUCCAUAUCAACCUAUACCGGUGCGGCCAGGAAUGCCACCAAAUCAACCUACAGCUGGAAUGGUUGCUCAACCUGGAGCAGCCCCUCAGCCAGGUCCGGGAAUGCAGGGCCCUCCACAAUCUCAGUCAAGUUCUAUACCAACAGGAAUACCUCAGUCAAGAGCUGGCCCUAUUCCUGGGCAACCAGGCCUCAAUCCACAGUCAUUAGGCCCUCAAUCAGGGCCUGGACAGGGAGCCCCACCUCACCCGGGCCAAAUGCCACGGCAAGGAUUAUCUCAGCCUGGUCAAUCCAGCUUAGGACCCCAACAUGGUCUCCCUCCGACGAGUCAAGGCCUACCUUUGCAACCAGGUAUGUCUCCCCAACCUCCACAACUUGGACCGGGUCUACAGCAGCAAACAGGACAGAGACAACCUCCACAUCUUGGUCAACAAGGCACACCUACAAGUCAACCUAGCUUCCCACAACAACCUGGUCAAAUACCUUCUCAUCCAGGGCAAGCUGGAUUCCUAUCUCAACCUGGCCCGCCUGGUCUGCCAGCCCAACCAGUCCAGGCUGGACAACCUCAACCUGGCCCACCUGGGUUACCAACACAAGGGCUUCCAUCGCAACCCAGCCACCCUGGACUCCCUCCACAACCAUCACAAGGGCUUUUACCUCAGCCCGGCCUUCCUCCGCAACCUGGUUUUCCUCAACAACCUGGUUUUGGGCCCCAAGGUCCAUACCAGCAGAUGCCCGGUAUGCCACACAUGCCACCACCCUUGGCCCAGCAAAGACAGUUUCCCAAUGCUCCUGCUCAGCCUGGAUAUGGAGCGCCACCUGGGCCACCAACUAGUGCAGCCUUUCCUGGCAUGCCACCCCUUCCACCACAAGGCCAUGGGCAACAAUAUCAAGGACAACCAUCAGGCUACCCGCCACAGUACCAACCUCCAUUCCCAGCACAACAGCCAAGCUACCCAGGUCAGCAGUAUCAACCACCACAGAAAACCCUAGAUCCGGACCAAAUGCCCAGUCCGAUCGAGGUGAUGUUGGAUGACCAACAGAACCGGGGUGGUGUCUUUGUUACGAAUGGUAAAGGAUUAGUUCCGCCGCUGGUGACCACCGAUUUCAUCGUUGACGACAAAGGGAAUGCCAGUCCCCGCUACAUUCGGAGUUCCAUGUACACGGUGCCCGUGACCGCAGACCUGCUGAAGCAAACCGCCAUGCCGUUCUGUCUCGUCGUGUCCCCGAUGGCGGAGACGGUGGGGCAGGAGCUGGAGCCGCCGCUGCUGGACUUCGCGGCGCUGACGGGGUCCCCCGGCAUGGGCCCGGUGCGCUGCUGCCGCUGCAAGGCCUACAUGUGCCCCAACAUGAAGUUCGUGGACGCCGGGAGACAUUUCAAGUGUGCCUUCUGCAAGGCAACUACUGAGGUGCCGAUGGAGUACACUCAGUACGUGAACAGCAUGCAGCAGUACGGGCGGGUGCCGGCGGAGAUGGCGCUGGGGGCCUACGAGAUAGUCGCCACCACCGAGUACUGUAGGAACAACACGCUGCCGAAGCCGCCGGCCACCGUGUUCGUGCUGGACGUGUCGUACAACGCGGUCAAGAGCGGCCUCGUCGACGCGUUCUGCGAGAACAUCCUCGACAUCAUCCGGGAGCUGCCCAAGGAUGAGCAAGGGAAGAGCUACACCCGCGUCGGCUUCAUCACCUACAGCUCGACGGUUCACUUCUACAACAUCAAGGGCAGCUUAGGCCAAGCCCAAAUGCUGUCGGUGGGCGACGUAGGCGACAUGUUCGUGCCCAUCCUGGAGGGGUUCCUGGAGAGGGUCGAGGACAGCGGCUCGGUGCUCGCCUCCCUGCUGGAGCAGAUACCCGCCAUGUUCAGGGAGAACAAGGAGACGGAGACUGUCAUGCUGCCGGCCGUGCAGGCCGGUCUAGAAGCUUUGAAAGCUGCCGACACCGCUGGUCAGUUGUUCGUGUUUCACACCACGCUGCCCACGUACAACGCGCCCGGGAAGCUCGUCAACCGCGAGGACAGGAAGCUUUUGGGAACCGACAAGGAAAAGCAGAUAUUGGGUCCGCAGAACACCGCGUACAACGAGCUGGGCGCGGUGUGCUCGGCGGCCGGCGUGGCCGUGCAGCUGUUCGCCUGCAACAACGCCUACAUCGACGCCGCCACCGUGGGGCAGCUGCCGCGCCUCACCGGCGGACAGCUCUACAAGUACACCUACUUCACGGCGGAGUGCGACGGCGCGCGGCUGCUGCGGGACGUGCGGCGCGCGCUGCGACGUCCGGCCGCGCACGACGCCGUCAUGCGACUGCGGACGUCCACCGGCGUGCGCCCCACCGACUUCUACGGGCACUUCUUCAUGUCCAACACCACCGACGUGGAGCUCGCCGUCAUGGACGCGGACAAGGCGGUCGGCAUCGAGGUGAAGCACGACGACAAGCUGACGGCGGAGGAGGGCGUGUACGUGCAGGCGGCGCUGCUGUACACGCACCGCUCGGGCCAGCGCCGGCUGCGCGUGCUCAACCUGGCGCUCAGCGUGGCGCACCAGCUCGCCGACGUCUACCGCAGCAUGGAGCUCGACACCUGCAUCAACUUCCUGACCAAGCAAGCGGUGUGGGCGGUGCGGGAGGCGGGGGGCCGCGCGGCGCGGCAGGCGCUGGGGGCGCGCUGUGCCCGCUCGCUGGCCGCCUACCGCCGCCACUGCGCCUCGCCCUCCGCCGCCGGACAGCUCGUGCUGCCGGAGUCCAUGAAGCUGCUGCCGCUCUACACCUGCUGUCUGCUGCGCUCCGACGCACUGGCAGGAGGCCCCGACAUAACGUGCGACGACCGCUCGUGCGCGAUGUACCGCGCGCUCACCGCCGACGUGGCCACCUCGGUGGUCUACACUUACCCUCGCCUGCUCCCGCUGCACAAGCUGGCUGACUCGCCGGACGCUAAGCUCACCCCGCUGAGGGCUUCCAUAGACAAGAUGAAUGAAUUCGGGGUAUAUUUACUGGAGAACGGCGUGCACAUGUUGCUGUGGGUGGGGUCCCAGGCGCCCGCCGAGUUCGUGCGCGACGUGUUCGGCGUGAGCUCCCCUCAACAGAUCGAGCCCACGGUCUGCGAGCUGCCCGUCCUCGACACGCCCAUCAGCCGCGCCGUGCGCGCCCAGAUCGAGCACGCGCGCGACGCACGCCGCCUCUGCAUGCGGCUAACGAUAAUGCGCCAGCACGACAAAUUAGAGACGGUGCUACGUCACUUCCUCGUCGAGGACCGAGGCGUCGACGGAAGCGCGUCAUACGUUGACUUCCUCUGCCACGUGCACAAGGAGAUCAGACAACUUCUAUAGCAUCCGAACACGUGCAGCCGGAGCAGGAGGGCCCACGGACCGCGGCUCCGGCUAUAGGCCCUCACAUAGACACACGGCGUAAUUCUAAAGAGAUAAAUUAACUGAGCGUACAUCAGACACUCAUCUUGACCGGACUCUCGCCAAUACAUUAUUAAACACGUGUGGGUGGCUGCCAGGUAUAAUCAUUUAAAAAUACGUAUUUUCAAUUCACUUUGACGCCCAACUCUGAAAUAAUGCUAAUACAAAAUACUUAUGAAACGUUUUCAUGACUUUUGUAUUUAAAUUGCUGUCCAGUGACAAGUGAUGGCAACACCGUCGAGCGUUCGAAUUAAUUUUGUAGCUGGCAACACAAAUAGCUGUUUUCUAUAUAAAGACAUAAAUGUUAUGAGUUUUGUUUGGUUAAUAAUUAAUAGGAGACUGUUUGGUAUAGUCGUAAAAGUAAAUGUUAAUCUAUAUAGUUUUCUUAUGAGUACCAAAUUGCAGUACGUCGCUGCGUCUCGAUUUACAGAGAUAAGUGCGUUCCCAGGGACCAUUGUACCUACGAAUCAGCUUCGAGCCCCGGCAGAAUCGUGUCGACACUAAUACAGACGCAAUACCCUGUAAUGUUUUGAGGGUAGUGGAAAAAACUACCCCUUUAAAACUGUUGCGCCUACCGUCAAAACCCGUCAAAAGUGAAGUACAACUGUGACUACCCUCCCGUCUCGUCUCAGUACUCUUAGUCCCUCGUCUCGCGAACCGUUUCCGAUUUGACUUGCAUGUAAUCAUAGUUUAAGUUGGCGCGGUGUUGCAAUGCUCAAAAAAUUAUUGCAGCGAUUCAAAAUCGAUUUCAAAAUGGCGGCGCAAAAGAAUAUACUUUUUUAGUGUGAUUUGUUAAGACUGUAGAAAUCAUUUGAAGGAUAAAUCAGUUUGAUGUAAUUUUAUUUUUGAAUAUUGCAACACCACACGCUCGUCUCUGUCAAGGGAAUGUUGUCAAGUUCGUGUUCCUCUGAACAAGCGGCGUGAGGCGGUCCCGUGACACCGUCCCCGACCUCAUGCCUCACGUGGGCGUUGCCGCCGCCUUGUCUCAUUGAAAACGUCAACAUUUGUUUGGCAGAAACCCCUAUUAUGUAAUUAAUUAGUGCCGAUAUUAUAAUUCUUAGUAUCUAAUUGUUAUAAAGGAGUCUGGAAUUGUAAAUAAAUAUAUAUGAAUUAUUUUUAAA